CAUAUACACCCAUGCACAAGAUUAACACUGGAACUAUACUAUUCAUCUCAGAUCGUUGACUAUACGGGGAACCAGGAGAUAGGAUCACAUCUUCAAGCCGUUCAACAGGGCAAACAGUUUGUUUGAUCGCUUUGACCAACUGUCAACCUCCAACCACCACUCCAUCUUCUCAAACAUUCCCCAGCCAAUCCUUGGAGGAUGCAGUAGAAGAUAAAACACCUUGCUCAAGUUGUAAAGGAGAUUCAUUGAAAAACAAACAGGGGGCCCAGAGAACUUCUGGGGAAAAUGAAAGAAGCCAUCCGACCGGCAACCGUAGUUGAAACAAAUUGGUGUGCAACUCAAAAUGUGUGCAUGAUACAUAAAGAAGACUUAAGCCUUUUCUGCUUGGAGGAUCAAAUUCCCCUUUGUCCACUCUGCAAAAAAUCCUGGGAUCAUGCAGGGCACACUGUCAUUUCCAGGAAUCAACCAGAAAAUCAGGCUACUGGAAAUGUCUUGAAUGGGGGGAGACAGGGUUUUCCAAAAUCCCAGCCAACCGGGGCUUCCAUUGUAGAAUUUUCAAACAUGAACUCAGCAGACUUCACAGAAAAAGGAGGAGCAACCUUUGGGAUUGAAGAUGACAACAAAGGUAAAAAGGAUGCAGCUCUUGAGCAGUGUGUGGACUUCAUCUUGGAAGAAAAGAAGGAAGCAGGCAGCCAACCCAACGCAAGGGUCAAAAACUCAAUUACCUGGAUUAUCCUCAUACUAUUUCUCAUUCAGAUUGUGGGCGUGGCAACCACCAUCUUCGUCUUUACAAAAGCUAAACCUCAGUUGCCUUCUGCUGCUGCCAUGACUUCCUGUUGCCCAAUGGGCUGGCACAUGUUCCAAGGGAACUGCUACCGUGUUUUGGAAACCCAAGAAAGCUGGAAUGCUACUCAGAAUCGCUGUCUCUCCCUUGGGGCUACCUUGGCUGCUUUGGAGGAUCUAGAGAAACUGAUUGGUGCCAUGAAUGUCAGAGAGCCCAUUGACCACUGGAUUGGCCUCCACAGAAGCUCUGAAGACAAAUGGAAAUGGCCGGAUGGGACUCUAUUCAAAAACCUCUUCGAAGUGGAGGGAGACGGACACUGUGCUUAUCUGAAGAAUAGGGCUGCGAGCAGCGCCAAUUGUGCCGCCAGGAAGAAAGGACUGUGCAGCCUGAAAGGGUUAAUGAACCGCAAACUCUGCAGGGCGACAUGAUCUCUGAAGAAUCCCUUCCGUAUAAAAAAAGGAGUCAAAGCCCUUCGUUGCCACUGUGUGUGGGUGUCUGUGGGCGUGCACACACCACCAUACAUUUCUGUGGGUGGACUUCCUUUUUCUUCCAUGCAGGAGAUAAAGGGUUUUGUUUUUUUACAGGGUGUAACUACAAAAACUGACUAGACUGGGGGGAAAAAAUCAAAGUGAUGUAAGAAAAGAUUUUAAAUACAUUUAAAGGGGUUUUUUUUUCACCCCAAUAUGGGUUGGCAUCCUAAAUACAUUUUUCUGGGGAGAACAAACACCUCUUGAAUUUAGAGGGAUUUUACUCCCAAGUAAAUUAGAAGUCUAUUUUAAGAUUAUAUUCAUGCUGUGUGUUUUGGUACAUAUGCGCUCUAGCUGGAUUGAGAGUGCUCUGCUACCUCACUUUUUUUUUCUUUAGUUAAAACAAUUCAGAUUUGGAGAAGAAAUACCUUAAAACACUAGGUCAAUUUUGAGUAAACGUGUGGCCAAUUUUGAUUAAUUGUGUGGCCAGAUUAGGCUAAAACGGGAUUGUAAUUCAGUGUGUUGCAGCACACCCAGCUGUUAGCUUUGCAUGUGGUGUGAAAUAGAUUACCAAGCCCUAGUACUGCAUGUUUGUUUGGAAUUUAAUACAAUGGAUGACCCCACCCACAGGCUCAAAAUCUUUAAAUCCAUGAAAUCACUUAAUUGUAAAAUCUCAUGAUCCUGAUGUUUCAAACUUGGAACCCCCAACGUCAGAAGUGACCUCAUGUUUCAGCAACAGAGAAUUGUAAAUCGUCAUGUAAUCAAGACUUUUGCCCUUCUCCAUAAAGGAGUAUCAAACAUAGAAUAACAGAACUGGAAGGAACCUUGGAGGUCUUCUAAACCAACCCCUGCUCCGGCA